GUAAAGAUUAGGGAGAGUAAAUGCGAAAAAUGGUGUUGAUUUGGCAUUGGUGAUUAGUAGCCGUUGAAGGAAGUAACAAAACAGCCAUCAAAUUGAGUUAAAAAGGGUGAAAUCUCCCCUUCCUGGACCUUCUUCUUCUCUCUCUCUCUGUUUCUCUCCCUCCCAAAAAAAAAAAAAAAGGAAGGGAGAGAUUCAGAGAGAAGCCGAAGCAAUUCCGAUUCCCUGAAGAAAAAAGAAAUCACCCAAAAACCAAAAAUCCCUCUCUAAUAAAGCCGAAAACCCAAACCCUAAGUCUUGCUCAAAGAAUCCCUUAAAACAGAGAGAAGCAGUUUUAUUUUUUGCAUAUAUAUAUGGUCUGAUUCAUCAUUCAUUGUGUUUUGUUUCCUUCCUCCGAAUGCAAAUGAUGCAUUUGUUGGAGCAGCAGCCGCUGGGAAAUGGAGAUUUUGUUAUGCCUAGGAGAUCAUUCCAGAAGAAGAAGCUCAAGAAAAAUGGGUCGUUGCUCUCGUUACCGUCAUCAACGUCAUCGUCAUUGUUGUUGAUUGUUGAUUCUUUUUCCAGGAAGAGCUUCUCUUACGAUAAGCUUCCUCAGGAGCCUCUCAAACUCACUGUUAUCAAGCUCGAUGGAACCUCUUUCGAAAUUGAAGUGGUGAAAACGGGGAACCUGGGGUUGCUGAAGCGGGCGGUGGAGGCGGUGUUCAGUCAUUUGCCUAAAACUGGGCCGAGGAAGGUCUCAUGGCCCUUCGUUUGGGGGCAUUUUUGCCUGUGCUAUGAUGGCAAGAAGCUACUCAAUGAUACUGACGAGAUCGCGAGUUACGGGAUCCAGGAUGGCGACAAGCUUCACUUUAUCCGGCAUGUUUCAACUACCUAUAAUUUGGCGAAGGAAAGAUCAGAAGAGGAGGAUGUGGAGUUUGAUGAACCUCCUAUAUUAGAUGCCUGGGAAGACAAGUAUCUGCAAUGGCCAAAGGUUGAUAGGUACAAAUACACUCAAAGGGACAUAGAGAGUCAGCAAGAUGUUUAUCAAGUUGACAGCGAGGAUAGCAUGCAGCAUUCAGCAACCAAUUGUCGAUACAACUUAGUCGAUCUGUUUCGUGGGUGGUUCUCAUAUCGUAAGCUGCCAACCUCAGAUGUGAGAACAGAUGAACACAACAGUUACCCGUCCAGGCUUUCCUUCAGUAGUAGGCUAGGAAGUUUCAAAGAUGUAGUAAUUUACACUGGCUAAUAUGAUCUCGAGAGAAUAUCUUUGAGAACAGAGUAAUCAAUGAAUGGGGCUCCAGUCCGCGACAUGUCCAUUGUCCCACCAGAAGAUAGGAAGGAAGCUGUCUCGAGAAGAGUUUCAUUGAUAUCUAGAAUCUCUCAUUCUCUGUGAUGAUUGAUGGUCAACAUUUGCGGAGUAAGGAUAAUUUGAAUGCUUUUCCCGUCACCUCAGGAUCUGGUGCUUCUCUUAAUUCGGUGAUGUCGCAUUUCAUCCAUGGAUGGGAGCAGCAGCUUGUAGAAAGCAGCUACUUUUGAUUAGUACAGUAUAGAACGACGCAUGGAACUAUAACUUUCGUGCUUUCGCGAUUUGUAGUUUGCUUCUUGCAUAGGGUAAAAUUUGCCAAUUCGGCCUUUUAGAGACCUCUCUUUUGCUUUUUGUUCUUUGUAAAGUGGAAUAUAUAAUAUAUACAUACACCUUUUCAAUCUGAAGAAACUAGCCUUUUCACUGUGAAAUCAAAAUGGUUAAGAGGGAGGGAAAGCGCACGUGAGUAACACGUGCAAUUGAUUUUUUCUCCAUCACUGAAGAACUCAAGAACCCCAAAAAAUUGUGUGGUUUGGAAUAAGAUAGCCUUUGUGAGAUAUGGAAAAAUCCAGUCUUUCCAAUC